ACGGCAACUCCGCAACAAUUUUCUAUUUGGCCAGAAGACAAUUGCAGAAAGUUUUCACCCGAAAAAAGCAGCUAUAAUUCGCCAAUUGCAGAUGAAUGGAGUAAUUAAGCUUAAAUUGUGCAUAUUUUGUAAGCCAGCAGCGCUGCAGUGACCGUUUGCGAGCCUUUCUGUUGCUGUGCCCAGCAAGAGCAGCCACAACAACAGUAGCAGCAGCAGUGACAACAACAAUUGCAAAAAUUCGGCCAGCUGCAUUUGUCAUCUCUUUGGUCAGCGAUAUUAUUAUGGACAAAAAAUCCUCGCCCGUGCGACGACAAAAGCGCCAAGCGAAAGUAAUUGAGGAGAACUUCUGGGACUGCAGCGUCUGCACGUACAGGAACUCGGCGGAGGCGUUCAAGUGUCGCAUGUGUGACGUGAGAAAAGGCACCUCGACGCGCAAACCGCGCCUGAACUCGGCGCUAGUCGCUCAGCAGGCGGCCACAUUGCCCGGCGCCAGUGGUAACAUGCCCAACGGCAAGCCGGCGUCCAGUUCGCGGCACGGCAGCGGGCACGACAGGCAGCGACACAAACGGUAUCCAGCGCGUUUGAAGAACGUGGAUCGCUCGACGGCGCAGACGCGUGAGGUGACCGUGAAUUCGGUAACCGUUUUCAUCACAGAAUACAAGGCCAAGCCGGUGAGCAGCCGGCGUGAGUCGAGUGAACAGAGCUUCAGCGAGAGCAACGAUAGCCGGAGUUAGGUUUAAAUGAUAAGCGCGUAAUUUGUUUUCCCAAUUACAUCUUUUUUUUUUCUUUUAUAUAUGUAUUGAGAUAUAUAUAUUUAUAUAUACAUAUAUGUUUAAAGAUAUUCUCUGUCGGCGAACGGCCGCGAUUCCUUCCCCGUCCUCUCUCCACAUACACACACAAAUCCAAUGUCGUCUUAGUGUACAACUAAAAAUUGUAAAUUCUAAUAUUAGGCCUAAGUACAAUUGUAAAUCUAUAGCCUGUUCUUAAGUUAGCAAGUAUUAAGCGAUAUUCAUGUUCUGUAAAACAGCAGCCACAGCAUCUGACGAUGAUCCCCAUGCAUAAGAACUUCCAAUUGUACUGGCUUUUGUAGCUGAUGACUGCAUUUAAAAGACGCUGUGGUUCCGCUGCAUUCUCGAACGAGAAACAAUGUAAUUGAAUGUGAAGUCGAGAACCUUGUAUAUAUAUACAUAUAUGUUUUAUAACAAAACGAAAUGAAAACAAA